AUGCCAACCGAGGAGGCGGCGGUGGCGGCGCAGCAGCGAGAGCAGGAGAACUGUGAAACGCCACAGCAGCAGCUGCUGCCGCAGCGCUACACGUACAAGUCGGGCGCCGUCUAUGAGGGCACCUUCAAUGGCACAAAGCGCCACGGCCGCGGCCACUGGCACCACCCUGGCGGCGAGACGUAUGAGGGCGAGUACGUCAACAACAAGCAGGAGGGCAUGGGCGUGUACCUCUUCGCCGGCUCCGGUAAGCGCUACAUAGGCCACUGGAAGGAGGGCGAGAUGGACGGCGAGGGCGUGUACUACUACUCCCCCGACGGCGGCACGUAUUACGUCGGCGGCUACGCGCAGGACAAGAAGAACGGCCGCGGAUGCUACUGCUACGAGAACGGCAUUGUUACAGUGCAGGGGUGGCUGCAGGGCGUGCUGCAGAGCGAAGUGGAGGCGACGAUGAUGCAGCGCGUGGAGGCGACGCUGCACAUUGAGGCCAUCACUGCGGCGGUGCGGGGCGUCGCGCCGACGGAACUCGGCGCCCAGCCGCCACCGUCGGAGGUGCGCACGUUUCAGUUCCCGUCUGGUGCGACCUACACCGGGCAGUACCACGGCACAAAGAAGCACGGCACCGGCUACUGGCUCCACCCGGAGGGCGACAGCUACGACGGGCAGUUCGAGCAGAACAAGCACAGCGGGUGGGGUGUCUACUUGAUUGGCCGCAGCGGAAAGAAGUACGUUGGGCACUGGCACGAUGGCAAGAUGAAUGGUGUCGGCAUUUACUACUUCAACGCAGAGGAGACAGAGUACUUUAUUGGUUCAUACAAGGACGAUGUGAAGCACGGCCAUGGCUUCUACCGUUUCGCGGAGAGCGGCAACAGCAAGCUGCAGCUCUGGGAGAAUGGAGCCAUUAAGGAGGAGUCCGACGCAGAGGAGGCGGUGGUGCAGCAGUACCAGGCCGCAAUGAGAAAGAUCAUCGAAAUCGUGCGACCAUUUGCCACACACUACGUGCCAGCCAUAGCGCCGUAG